AUGUGCGAGGCCCAGUGCGCGUGGGGCAACGACUGCAUUCAAGCCUUGAAAUUCUUUUUGUUAGUGCGCGAAGACGACGAUGCCUCCGGCCCGUCCAUACUCCUCCGUGCCGCGGCCGAGAUGAUUGUAGACGAGGCGGAACGCGACAGCCACAUUGACGCAGCCGAGGCGCUGCUCGGGCUAAUUCCGAGCGUGGACCUGGAGACCAGCAUCAUUCAUGGGCACUGGCUACUUUUCUUCAGAGCUGGGAGGGCGACUCCCAGUGCGACCCAGAUCUGCACACUGCUUCUGGCAUCUCACAAGCGGCUGUACCAGGACGCGCCGCGACCCGCACCCCACAACAAUAGCCUCACCACGCCGUCUCGCGCUCACACCGCCAGCAACGUUUGCUCCUGA